AUGUCCACAGGUAUCGGAGUAAUGAUGGCCGUUGCUGAGGUGCGGGCUGACCGCCACGAUGAAAAGAGAAGAGAGUUUUGUAGACAGCGCCUGUUUCUGUUACGAGCUGUCGGCUUGGGUAGCAUUCUAGUUCUUUCCGUCUAUUUUAUCUGUCGUUGUUGCCACCAACAAGGACAGGAUCUGAUGAUGCCAGAGUCAGAGGUGCCAAUUGUGGAUGAUACCGUUGAGUCUUCAAAACACAAACUGUAUCCCAUAACGGCGGGCCACGAUCCCACGUCACUGACGACACCGCCGACAUUGGAAUUGAGGAAACGUAAACGAAGAACCCUGAAAAACAAAGGAUUAGGAGGUGUAGGGAGGAAACAGAGAACACGAGGGAGGGCCAACCAAAAGGGCGAAGAAGCUUUCGACCGCGCUUUCUUUGUGCGCAGUGGCGAUAGAAGCAGCAUGGUGAUGGGAAGCAGUAACGGGAUUGUGCAACCGAUAUCGUCAGAUACCUAUGUUGUAGAGGACGAACAAAACGAUGGCAUCAUCUACAGCCCUGGACCUGACUAUCGCCAAGGAGUAGAUGACAGUGCCAAUGGAGGCCAGUCAAAGCCAAACAACAGCAACAAUGGUGCACGAGGAGAUGCCACUGGCAGAGUAAAAGGAUCGCGCUCCAAAACAGAAACUGGCAAUAGUGGCGGGGCAGGUGGCCAAGCCAAAGGAAGUGUGGCAGAACCAGAAGCUGGAGGAGACGGCCGUAACAAAGGGGCUCUCUUGGAACCACAGGGGGAAGGAUUGGACGCAGAAAGCGCCAAUAAUGGAGGGGUCACCGGAUACGCCGAAGGAGUUCUCUCUGAACCACAAAGUAAAGGAUCAAAUGAACAAGUUGACAAGGGCAAAGGGGUAGAUGAACCAGUUAAUGGCAACCUAUCCGAAGCAGAAGUUGACGGGGUAGAUGGAGAAAAUGACAAUACGGAAGGGUUAGAUGUUCUUCCCGAACCACAGCAUGAAGGAGUGGAGGGAGAAAGUGACAGCAGUGCAGGGGUGGAUGAAAAUGCACCACUAAGUGAAGGAUCAGAUGGAGAAAAUGGCAUUGGCGAAGGGGAAUAUGGCCAUGUCCAAGUAGUUCUCUCGGAACCACAAAGCGGGGUAGGCGAUGGCAAAGUCACCGCAACUGUCACCGGCCAUGAACCACAAAGCGAAGGAUCGGAUGGAGAAAAUGGUCUUAGUGAAGGGGAAUAUGGACAUGUCCAAGUAGUUCUCCCAGAACCAGAAAGCGAUGCAGGCGAUGGCAAAGUCACCGCAACUGUCCCCAGUUAUGAACCACAAAGGGAAGGCGCAGAUGGAAACAUUGACAAUAAUGAAGAGAUAGAUGGCCAAGUCGAAGGAUUUCAAUCAGAACAACAAAUGGAGUUUACGGAUGGCCAAGUCAUCGCAACUGUCAGCAGACCGCUGCGUGACGAUGGCCAGGGAGUGGGCAGCAAGAUCAAUGGAAUUCCCACCGAACCAGCACUUGGCAAUAGUGAACAGGUGGAUGGUCAAAGCAAUGGAAUACUCUCAGAACCAGACAUAGAAGGGUCAGGUGGACAAGUCACCGCAGUUGUUGCCCGACCUGCUUUUGACAAUGGUCAGGGAGUGGACAGCAGGAUCAAUGGAAUUCCCUCCCAAUCAGCACUUGGCCAUAGUGAACAGGUAAAUGGUCAAGUCUUGAACUCUGAAAACAUUGAAGGGGUCGAUGGCAGAAUCAACGGAAUCAUCUCCCAACCAAAUGCAGGGCAAGAGGGACAAGUCUCCUUUCAAGACAGCGGUGGCCCGGUCAAAGGAGUUAUUUCACAACCAGGGUUUAGCAACAGUGCAGAAGUUGGCCAAGUCAAUCCAAUACUCUCAACAGCUGAAAUUGGCCAAAGCGAAGGCGUGGAUGGACGCGUUCAAGGAAUUCGAUCUGAACCUUUGCUUGACGAGUCCCCUUGA